AGUGGGCAGAGUGGAGGGAUGUGAUAGAGGUGGUAGAUUAAGAGGUACAAGCUUUUAGGUAUAAAAUAAGCUACAGGGAUAUAUUGUACAACACAGGGAUUAUAGCAAAAAAAAACAAAUUUUUGGGGGGCCAUGCCAUGAGACCUGCAGAAUCUUAUUCCCUGACAAAGGAUUAAACCUGGGCAACAGCAGUGAAAACGCCAAGCCCUAACCACUGGACCACCAGGGAAUUCCCUACAGCAAAUAUUUUAUAAUAAACUAUAACUGUAGCAUAACUUUAAAAAAUUGUGAACCGAGCAGCGACUCUGGCCUGGGCUCAGCAGCAGCGCGAGGAGGUUGUGGCGUCUGUUUCGUCCAGGCUAUUUGAGCCAGGAUGAUCGAGGUUGUUUGCAACGACUGUUUGGGGAAGAAGGUGCGCGUUAAGUGCAAUACGGAUGACACCAUCGGGGACCUUAAGAAGCUGAUCACAGCCCAAACUGGCACCUGUUGGAACAAGAUCAUAUUGAAGAAGUGGUACACGGUUUUUAAGGACCAUGUGUCUCUGGGGGACUAUGAAAUCCACGAUGGGAUGAACCUGGAGCUCUAUUACCAAUAGAGCAGAAUUCCCUCUUCCUGCCCUUCCCCCUUCUCCCACCCUCACUCCCCACACUAAUAUGGAUGCUUGUUUUUGGAAACUCAUGUUAAUAAAAACUUAGAGG